AUGAUUUUUGAACACGAGUCAUAUCACUGGAUGGUUCGCUUUCCUGAAAACUUCCCAAAUCAACCAGCAAAGCUUCACCGUGAAUUGAAGCGUGAUUAUUUCCCAAGCAGCUCGUCAAAUUCUCUUUAUAACCUUGAGAAACCUCUUACCAAUCACGUCAACAUACUUCAGUCUAUCAAGAAAAAUUGCCAGUUUUCGUGCAAGAUUUGUAAAAAUAUCAGUAAAGAGAAGUUAACCAAGCCUGCUGCUGCAGUGCCUCCAGUUACCACAACAUUUGCUGACGUUGUAAAAGGGCUAACGAACGAAAUAAAGAUGGCUGACAUGGCAAUACCAUUAUCGUUUUCUGACCGGACACAAAAUGACGGGAGCCAUAAAAUUAAAUUUGAGCAUUAUUACAAGACGUGGUCCAUAAAAAUCCCAGCCGAGUUUCCUGAGAAACCUGCCGAGGUCUACAUAGAAAGGCUGUAUGGAGCUCCAGAGAAGAAGACAAUAAAUGAUUCGUCAAAGAGCAAACAUGAACAGAAAUCAUUGGUUUCAUCAGAUCUCAUCAUGUUAGCCAUCAGAAGUAACUGUUAUUGCUCGCCAUGCCAGAACGAUAGUUCGUUCAAACAACUUCGUAAUUAA